AUGGUUUUGGAGGACAAGAGCAGCGAUGACAACUCAAGCCUCCCGUACAUGCACUCCGAAACCUCCACCGAUGGGCUCAACCAGGUGCCUUUCUCUCUUGAGGACCCGGAUUACAAGGGUCUUGAGCUAGAUCUGAUAGUGAUGUGCGAGAAGCAUGGGAAGCCAUCAGAGAGGCUUGUUGCAUUUGAAGGAACAAUGGCUGGGAGAAGGUUCUUAGCAUGUGCAGAGCCGGAAGGUAAGAAUUGUGGGUUUGUUCAGUGGGUUGAUGAGCAGUGGCCCCCAACAAUGGAGAAUGCAUUGUUGAAGCUUUGGUCAAUGGUUGAAGAGAGCAAGUGUGCUAGGGUGAAUGAUAAUCUUGAAAGUGCUUUAACUAUUCACCAUUUGACAGAAGAAAAGAACAAACUGGAUGCAGACUAUGACAAGUUAGUGAAAGAUGUGCAUCAACUUGUGGACUUUCAGGAGGAGAGGGUUGUGGAUUUCAGUUAUCUGCAGUCCAAAAUCACAUAUCCGCACCAAUGUAGAGCUGAAUUGGUGGCUGGUAUGAAGGCAAAAAUGGCAAAGAAAGAUGCAGUUACAGAGAAGCUUCAACAAAAGUAUGAACUCAUGUGCAACCUGACAAGUGCUCAAGCAACUGCCAUCCAGAACCUGAAGUUGAAGAAUAUGAAAGAGAAGGAAUUGCUUAGUGAGGCUAGAAUGAAUUUGGAGUUGAAGAAUGCAGAGCUCACAAAUUUUGAGGAGAAGCUGACCCAAGAGAAGCUAGAGUUGAAGUUUCAGGUUGCUGAUCUGCUGAAGCUCAAGGUAAACCAUAAUGAAGAGAAGUACAUGCAAGAGCUUAAGAUUUGUGAGCUCAUGAAGGCAGAGGAGAAGCUUAAGGAGAAGAUCAAGGGGAUCCAGGCCAUCUUAUAGAACUAAAGAAGAUGAAGUGAGAUUAGCGAGCAUUGCAGACCUUUUGGGAAGGAUGGUUGUGCAAUGACCUAGUAACUUAGAAUUAUGGUUGUGUAAUGUAUGGUUCUAGUAAUUGUGAACUCUGGUUGUUUCUCUACCUAGUAGUUAUGCUAUUCAUCCUUUUGUGAGAAAAAGGAUGGAUUGUGCAUUUGAACUCCACUAUGUAUUGUGAACAAUGGUUGUGUAUGCCUAUAAUGU